UCCGCGGAGCCGGGCGGGGAUGGGGCUGGCCGGGAUACUCGCCCUCGGGCGUCGUGCUGGGCCCGCAUUUAAAGGGGCCUCGGGAAUUGCCCUUGCAGCCCAGAGCUUCUCUGCCGCGUCAGUCCGGACCCUGCGUAGUGCGCCUGCAGCCAUGGCCCCGAUCAAGGUGGGUGAUACCCUUCCAUCUGUGGAAGUAUUUGAGGGAGAGCCAGGCAAGAAGGUGAAUGUGGCAGAGCUGUUCAAAGGCAAGAAAGGGGUGCUCUUUGGGGUCCCUGGAGCUUUCACCCCAGGCUGUUCCAAGACCCACCUGCCUGGAUUCGUGGAGCAGGCUGAUGCCCUGAAGUCCAAGGGGGCCCAGGUGGUGGCCUGUCUCAGUGUCAAUGAUGUCUUUGUGGUCAGUGAGUGGGGCCUCUCACACAAAGCUGAGGGCAAGGUUCGGCUCCUGGCUGACCCCUCAGGGGCCUUUGGGAAGGCAACUGACCUGUUACUGGACGACUCCCUCGUGCCCCUGUUUGGGAAUCGCCGUCUGAAGAGGUUCUCGAUGGUGGUGCAGGAUGGUGUUGUGAAGGCCCUGAAUGUGGAACCAGAUGGCACAGGCCUGACCUGCAGUCUCGCCCCAAACAUUCUGUCUCAGCUCUGAAGCCUCAGACCAGCCUAGGGGCCCUUUCCACCGAAGGGCAACCUUGGGCAAAGACCGCACGAUUGGCAUUGAGUCCAGCAGCUUGUCUGGAUGCUCCUCUUCAAGCUUCUGCAAUAAAAUAUUUCAGUUUUCUGCCUCA